AUGGCGGGAGAAGAGGGAUCGGGAAAGCGCCGAGUCAAUUUUGGGGCGGAAAAUCGGGAAUUUGGGGAGGUUUUGCUGCUGCUUGAGGUGGAUUUGGAGAUUCCCAAAAAUCGGGCUGAGGGUUCCAAAGCCCCGUUUGACCGUUCCACGGCCGCGCUGUUGUCUUUGGCAGAGCAGCCCAAGGCCGAGGCCGCGGGCGGGACGUGGCUGAGCGCUCGCUCCGGGAGGAAGAAGCGCUGUCCCUACACCAAGCACCAGACGCUGGAGCUGGAGAAGGAGUUUCUGUUCAACAUGUACCUGACCCGCGAGCGCCGCCUGGAGAUCAGCCGCAGCAUCGCGCUCACCGACCGCCAGGUCAAGAUCUGGUUCCAGAACCGCCGCAUGAAGCUCAAGAAGAUGAACCGGGAGAACCGGAUCCGCGAACUCACCUCCAACUUCAGCUUCAGCUGAGCGCGCUCGCCUUCCCCCCCCUUUUCCGGCGGUUUUUUGGGGUUUUUUUGCUGUUUAAUCCGUGGUUUUGUUGUUGUUGUUUGGU